CAUCGUUACGCGGUGGUAGAUAUACAUCGAGAAACUCGUGCCUUCGGCUUUGUGGCGACGUGCUCCACGUGGCUAACAGCGAGACCUUCUGGCUUCACUAUUGCAAUACGUCGAUAGCGAGCAGAAGGAACUGUGUGGUUUCAGCACGGAAAGCUGCAUGUGUUCUGACAAUGACGGCGGAAGUCUCGAGACUGCCUCGUAAGAAGGUGUUGUUUGUCCUCGUGGUGUUUUUCGUGGCCACUGGCCUGGUCGUCUUCACUAUGUCCGAUCAGAACAGCCACGUCCACUUCAUGAUCUCCGCCAUCACAGACAACGUCAAGGUUCUGCACGCUCAGCUGCUGGCGUUCGGAAGAGAUGACCCUUACAACAUCAAGCCUUUGUCGUUCCAGCCAUUGUUUCUGACUCGGGAUUACAAGACAGACGUUAGACAGCCUGUCACCACCAGAAGACAGGACCAAGAUACCACUACUUUCUCGCAAUCUACACAUAAACCUGUCAAACCAACAACACCAGCUGUAAAUAGGCAAACACGGAAAAGUGAAACGAAAAGCAAAAAAAGUCAACCUCGUCUAUUUAGACCCAAACGGCCAGUAUUACCACCUAAACAUCUAUUUCAACAAACGAACAGAACUUUACCCGUUACACGACUGAUUCUUAUGAGCACGUGGAAUGAAACGGGAGAGAAGACGCUCGUUCACGGGAACGUGCUGCGCACGUGGAAACUGUGGCAGCCGACAGUGAUACCUCUUCUGUUCUCUAACGACUCCGCACUAACGUCACGAGCGCUGGCCAAUGACUGGCAGGUGCUGCCCCUGCUGUCCGUGACGUGCGGAGAAAUGCCCAUCAUGAGAGACAUGUACUUACAAGCCAUGGCCAAGCAGGACAGUGUGUUUUACGGUUUCGCCAACAGCGACAUUCUGUUGUCCGAGGGAGUGAGGCGAACGGUGAGCGUCAUAUCGGAGCUGGAGUUGUCCCACACCAGGCCCGUCAUGUUGCUCAUCAGCAGGACGAACGUCAACUUCUCGGCCGGCCCCUACCUCGACGACGUCUCUCGCAUGAAUGAUUUCAUCAAGAAAGGGUGGCCGCUAAAAGACGGAUCUUCAGAUGUCUUCAUAACCAAUCGGCUAUUUCCGUGGAAAAACGUCCCAGACGUUGUGAUAGGCCGUUUGGGGAUCGGUAUGUGGAUCGUGUCGUAUGCUCGUACGAUGAACGUGACUGUGAUCGACAUAUCGAAGACGACCAGCGCCAUCCACAUGACCACCAAGGCGGGGAACUACGAGUCUCACUGGAAACCGAACAGCAAAUGUAACCACAGGAUUUACGAAAAACUCGCCAUCAAGCCGCCAUCUUGGAGGUGUGGCUUCAUUGGGUGUGCUGCCAUGGAAACCAAUUACGGCCGCCAAAAUGGAAAAAUCCGCGUAACGGGUAGAAACUGGUUUCGAUAUGACCCGCGUUGUUUACAGUGCCCAAUGAACUUGACGUCUAUCGGCGUGUGACGAACCCACCUACACAUAUACGUAUAAAACACAUUUAUUUGAUAUCGAUGUAAUACAAGCAUUUUAUUCUCCAAAUUUGGUCUUUUUCAGCGAGUGAAAUAUUCAACCACAGGUCUCGGAUAUUAUUCCAAUAAAAAUAUAUCAUCAUG